CUCCCCCCUCAUCGCUCAAAAGAGAGACAAAAAAGUCUGGGUGAUAAAAUCUUCAUAUCGCCAGUCAAACCUUUUCCCAACAAAAACCCUAAUGAUGAUAAAAAUCCCUGAGAGUCCCUCAAAAAAGCAAGAAAAAACAAAAAGUAAGCGAGGGAAGAAAUAAAAGAUCCCUCCUUUCCCUUCGAAUCGAAGCGAGCAACGGUGGCAGAGAGAGAGGAGGAGGUCGAUUGAACCCUAGGCGUCCACAAAUUGGCGGGAGAUUUCGAUAAGGGGGGUUUUUUUGGGGGGCGAAAAGAUAGGUAUGGGGAGUUCAGAGGUGUUAGAUAAGACGCAUGAUCUUCCGAAUAAUACCGAGGUGCUAUCAAGCAGCAGUUAUAAGGAAAGUGAUGCUAUCUGUAAUGAAUCAGUGUUCUAUGAAAAAUUUUUGCUUGAUGAUUUGGAUAACUAUUGGGAUGAGCUGAAUGACCGUCUGACCGUGUCAAGGAUGGUGAGUGAUUCUGUAAUUAAGGGGAUGGUAAAUGCUGUAGUUGAAGAGUCAGAAGAGAGAAUUGCCCUGAAAGAAGCAGAAAUAUCAAGACUGAACAAAGAACUGCAGUUUCAUAAUAAUUUUGAUGAAACUGUAAAGUGGAGCUUGGUAGCAGAUUUGGGUAGAUUAAGACUUGUAGCCAAAGAGCAGAUUCAGAAGCUCAAGGAGGAUAUUAAUAGUGUUAUAGUCUCCAGUUCUACUGGUCGAGUAAAUUCCUCUACAGAUUUGGGGUUGUGCAAUAUUCUUCCUCAAACACGGAGUAGUGAGAAAAUGGUAGAAACAAAUGAAAGAGUUGAUUCUUUGGGAAUGAUAGUAGAAACAUUGUUUAAAGAAGUAAAUGAAAUGUUUCACUUGGUGAAGGCUUCCAUGUUUGAGCAUCAAGAAGAGUAUGAAUUUGAAAGGGAAAUCAGCAGCAUUCUAAUUAAGAGUAGUGUAAGUACCAUCCAGGAUGAGCUCGAAAAAAAGCUGCAUGAACAGAAAGGUCUUAUUAACAUGUUGAAUAAAAAUCGGCAACAAAGUGUAGAUGAGCUUUCUAGCAUGCGUGAGGAUCUUGAUACCAUAUGUAGAUCCUUAUCAAGCUCAGAUUCUGGUCCACUUCUCUCACAUAACAGUUUGGAUAGUUUUGAUGAGUGGAAUACUUCUAAAAGAAAGGAUCAUCCCUCUAGGAGAUUAUCAGGGAAUCACCAUUUGCCCUAUGCAGUACAAGCUGAGGAAAAUGGUAAUACCUUGAUGAAGCCUGAAGAUUGUGAGAAACCCAUGAUGGAGGUUGCUGACCCCUUGCAACUGAAGCAGAUGAGCAAGGAUGAACUGGCGUCUUAUUAUAAAACUGAAAUGAUCAAGAUGAGGAGACAGCAUGACUCAGCUCUCCAGGAAAAGACAGAAGAGCUAUUCAAACUCAAACGAGAAUUCCUCAGGGAAAAGGGUUCUUCACUUUUUAAGAAGGAUAAAGAGUUUGAGCUUUUGAAGAAAAAAAUUCCAGAAGUUAUUUUGAAGUUGGAUGGUAUUCUUUUGGAGAAAGAGAAGUUGUCUAUCGUUCAAAAUGAUCACGACGAGUUAUGCAGUUUAAAGGGAAACAUUGAUACCUUGCUUUUUGAAAAUGAGCGUUUGAGAGGUUUACUUUCAGAAAAAGGAAAAGAAGUUAAGAAUCUUUCAUCGCAGGUCUCAGAUGCAUCGAAUCAAAUGUUUCUUCAUUCCUCAGCGGAAGCUAAGUUAUUGCAGCAAAUAAAUGGACUUGAAGGUGACCUAAAGGAUGUGCAAAUAGAAGCUAGCAUCCAAGAUGAGCUGCAUGGCAUUAUUUUAAAAGAAUUAGUUAGUGAAAACAAAUGUGCUCUAGAGGAUGCAGAGAUUGAGGCCAGACUUGUGCAGGAUACUUACACUACUGUUGUUGGAGGAUUCAUUGCUGAUGGACUUUCUAAAAUUAACUCUUUUUUAUCGAAUCAUUUCGCUGAAAAGUCCUCUCUUGAAGCAUUGGUUUGUGAGAAGGAACGAGCAAUUAGUGAAGAAAUUGAGGAGGAGAAGAAGUUGAAGGAGACCAUAGCAUCCUUGUCUACACUGAUGAAAGAAAAGGAACAUGAUGCCUCAACUAGGUUUUCCACAUUGAUGCAACAAAAGCAACAGUUUGAUCUUCUUAACCAGGAAAUUGAUUUGCUUAAAGAACAGAUAAUCAAGCAAGAAGUAUUGAUUUCAGAUAGUAAGGCUGAAGCUGAUUCAAUGAAGAGAAGAUUAGAGGAAGCUUUGAGACAAAUCCAUGAAAGUGAAAUGGAGAUUAAAAAAUUGAAUGAAAAUUUAUUAACCACGUCUACUGCUUUGGAAGAAGCAGAAAAAGAAAAAACCGUGCUUCAUGCCAUCAUCGAAGACAGAGAAAACAAAUUAUUAUCAUCCAUCACUAAGGAGAAACAGCAAGCAAAGUACAUGGACUCCAUUGUCUCAUCUCUUAUGGAAUUAUCAAAAGCAUCUAUCGAUUUUGAGAACAAAAUGGCAACGGAUAUUGAAAGAAAUGAAGCUAGGUUAAAGAUUUUGAGUAGACGAUGGGUCCCAAUCAUGCAACAGGCCAACAUGAUGUCUACAAAAGCAUUGUUGUAUAAACAAAUGCUUGAAAUAAAGUCUUCAAAUCUUCAAAAGGCUGAGGCAGAGGUUGAUCUCCUUGGUGAUGAGGUAGAUGCGCUUUUGAGUCUUCUUGGAAAGAUAUACAUAGCACUUGAUCAUUACUCUCCAGUACUGCAACAUUAUCCUGGUGUAAUGGAGACUCUAAAAUUGGUUCAAAGAGAACUAGAAGGAGAAACCACUAGAUCUGCAUGAACUACUAUUGUUUCAGUUCUAAUUCCUGUCAACCAAACAGCCCCUUAUAUUGGAACAUGGACUGCCUUGCAAGCAUUUUUUUUUUGGAGCGUCGGUGUAUCCAACCUCUCUUCAGGUUGAGAAUUGGAUCCUUCAGCUAAGCUUGGCUAUCUCCAUUUGCAUAUUUAGGCAGCAAGACUGCUCAAAAUUCUGCCUCAUGUUGCUCUGAGCAUAUGGCAGAAGUCCAGCACAGUAGGAUGUAUAUUAAUUUUAUCCGGUUAACUUAUUUUUUGUUGUCGUACCCAUUUAAGAGGUUUAUAAGUAGUACAUAAAUUGUAAUUUGGUGCUCUUUGGUGUUACAUGAAGCCAAUUAUUGUACAUUAUUCUACAAAGUGUAAGCAAUAAUGUUUUCGCUUUUCAGUUCAUCUCUCAUUUGUUUUAUGAGAUUUUGUAAUCUAUGUAACUGGAGUAACAUCACUGAAAGGUCAUGUAUUAAAAAAAUGGUACGUUUCA